AUGUGUUAAGGUCUAGACUUCUUUAUCUUAGAGAUGAGGUUUAUCUACAUCAAUUUCUUUGAGGGCUUCAGGUUCAAGUCUGAGAUCAACCUGUAGUUAUUGCUGUUGAUCCUGAACAAGAUGAGAGUUUAGUUGUUGCUUUGCUGUUAUUAUUACAUCAAUAGAAACACUUUUGUAUUUUUCUUAGAAGCUCACCCUUGUUGGAGGUUAUCUACCUUCGCAACUUGUUUAUUUAUUGAUAUCUUGCUCAUGAACUAUUUUCAAUAUUUUACUAAGCAAGUUGAAUCUUUCAAGCUUACUCAGUUGAUGUGCUUACUCUACAUUCCAAUCAUCUCUAAUAAAAGAAUUCUUGGUCUAUAUAUGAUUGACAUCAUUAUGAUUCUAUGGAGGUAGCUCUAGCUCCUGGUUGUUGGCUUCGAACUGACUGGAACACCUUGCUUAUUAUACUUAUCCUGCUUGGAAAUACCUAGCUGUAGAACUUCAACAGCAGGACCAAGAUAUAUGGUUAAACUGAUGGGAGAUCCUGGAAAUAUUACUAAUGAGAUAGGUUGA